AUGGAGGCAAAGGAAGAGUUGGCUCAGAGUUUGUCAAACAUGGGACGCCAUACAGACGCUCUUAAACUCCGUGACGCUAUACAUGAGUUCCGUGUGGCCACGCUUUCACCAGAACACCCAGAAACGAGUCUAUCCUCUAUCAACCUGGUUAUUUCCUUUUCAAAAAUGAACCUCUCAACUAGAGAAAGUUCCCUGUCUCAAAAGAUCACCAUAGACGCUGCUGAAGAAAGGCUGUCGAAUGUGCUAGGUGAGCAUCACACUGUGACGGUCCGGGCCAAGUCCAACAUAGCUCGUCUUUACCUAGCUAGAAAAGACUUUGAAAAGGCCCUUAGCAAGGUGCUAGAGGUAAGACAAAUCAUGGCUAGCCGGGGUGUCAAACUACUAGGCAAACAAAAGGGGGACUACGACCAAGAUAUGCUGGACUGCGAUCGCCUGCAUGCUGAGCUGCUCCUGCGGCGGUGGACUCAAGCAGACCAGCGGGAUGCCUUGAUGCUAUGGAGGCAGAUCACCAAGCGCUUGCGUAAUCAAAACGCAGGGACUCGGCAGGUGUCAUAUGCGAUCCUCAGAGUGGCACGGUGUUAUAUGAAGCGCAACGAGCUGGACAAUGCCGAAGCCAAGGUGGAGGAGGCGAGCAGACUCCAGCAAGAUGGCUUUUACGACAACACGUUGGACUGUAAAAUACUUCAGGCCGAUAUUCUAGAAAGACGAGCCGACGCGUGCGACUUAUUAUCCCCGCGGAACUUAAGUAAUAGCGGCUCUGAAGAUGACCAGAAACAGGAGAUCAGGCCUGACGGAGAGUAUGUCCCCGAGGACCGAAACAAACUUUUUCGCUACGUAUGGUUGUGCCAGAAUGAUCGUUGUCAACACGUUGCUGGGAAGCCUUACGUGAUGGAAGCCUGCUACUGCAGACUUUCGCGACGCCGAGCCGGCACAAUGGUUUGUUGCUGCUGCCAUCGUUAUAUGCGAUUCGAAUCCUUGGAGUCGGACUACUCGUGCUCAUAUCAGACUGACUCGUCGAGCUGCUCCAACGCAGAGGAAGACGGCUACUUUAACCUGGAAGAGAUAUUCCGCUGCUAUAAUCGGCAGUGCCGAAAGCCUCGUCAUACAUGCAUUCGCGCCAAGGGCUCGCAGCUUGGAGACAUCGUACCCAGCAAGGUCGGGUGUUUCUGUCGCCCUUCUGCUAGCAUGCCAAACGUCAUGCUAUGUUGCCACUGCCACAAACCCAUGAUGGCCGUAUCCAGACGUAAGAGAUGGAGCUGGGGAGCGGCCGGCCCCAGCAAGGACCCGGACGACUGGGACUCUCCCAGCGACCUGGGCACCAACUGCCCCAGCGGGUCAGACGAUUUUCUGUCUGUGAUUGACCCCAACUACGUGCCAGAGCCAACCCCUAAUGAUCAGGAUCGUGGUGAUGAUGACGACUACGAGGAAUCCUUCUGCGGGUCGGACAGUGCGAGCGUGUUUUACUCAGUUAAGCUCAACCAACAAAAGCUGCCACAUGACUCUCAAUGA